AUGCACCUCUCUCUUCUCCCAUGCACCUCUCACUUCUUCAUACGCCUCCCUCUUUUUCUCCACGCCCCUCCUGCUCGUUUCAAAACAGCAGCAGCUCCACAGCUGCUGCCUGCACUCUCCGCCUACUCUCCCUUCUCCUCUCUCCCCUCCACUGCUCCCCGGACACUCCGUGCCUCAUAUCUCCCUUCAUCUGCUCCACUGCCCUCCUCCCUCUUUGCCCUCUUCCCCCACUUCUCCCCUGCCUACGUUCUCGCCGCCGUGCCUGCUGUCAUUCCAACCAUGCACCAGCGACGACCCUGCCCUCUCACGCUGCGUCGACUUUAUUCUGGUCCCUCCCUCACUCACACUCCAUCUGGUCAACAGCCUCUGGAGGUCAACCCUUCCCUCGUCGCUGCAGUGCAUACUGAUGUUGCUAAACCCUUCACAUGCAUGGUGCAUGGAUGGUGCAUGCAUGGUGCAUGCAUGGUGCAUGCAUGGUGCAUGGAUGGUGCAUGGGUGGUGCAUGGAUGGUGCAUGGAUGGUGCAUGGGUGGUGCAUGUAUGGUGCAUGCAUGGUGCAUGCAUGGUGCAUGCAUGGUGCAUGAAUGGUGCAUGGAUGAUGUAUGCAUGGUGCAUGCAUGGUGCAAGCAGGAAUUUUUUAUCAAACGAUCUACUGGACUCACUACCAGAGCAGCUCUCCCAGCUGCAGAAGCUGCAGUCUCUGGACUUGUCGUGGCAUAGACAUCUGUCUGGGGAGCUGCCUGCGUGGAUCUUCAGACUCACAGACUUGACUUCAUUGACUAUUCGGAAGAACAACUUUUCAGGCUCCAUUCCAGAGGCAAUCAGCAGCCUCAAGCAGCUGCGGGAGUUACACCUUGGGGAGAAAAUGCUGUCAGGGACCAUCCCCAAGUCAAUAGGAGCGCUCACCAACCUGGAAGAUCUGCAGCUUCGAGACAGCAACAGGCUGAGUGGCACCAUUCCCGCCUGCAUUGGCAACCUCACCGCACUCACCACCUUGUGCGCCCGUUUCCUGGAAUCCCCAUCUCUCCCAUUCUCCAGCCAUCCCCAUCUCUCCCUAUCUGCUGAUCUUUCUUUCUUCGCGAAACUCAGCAAAAACCGCCUUGCGGGGACGAUACCCGCUGCAAUCACCACACUCACUAAUCUCCAUUGGCUCCACCUUGACAACAACCAGCUUACGGGAGAGCUGCCCUCCUUCCACCUCAUGCCCCAUUACGGAGAGCUGUCUGCAGACCACAACUACCUCACCGCCACAGCAGACGCUGUCCCUUUCGACGCCACCGGCCUAGACAAUCCUGCAGACUACCACAGCUUGUGUCUGUUCCACCACAACUGCCUUGAAAACAGCUCCAUCUACUGCGGCCGUGGGCGGGUUCAGAGGCGUGCCAGCGAGUGCCGGGCGUUCUGUGGGGCGCAGCCGCUCACCUCGCCGUGCAGCGGCCAUGGCGUGUGCUCCUUUGUGCCUGACUCCUCUCACAACAUGGCUGCCUGUGAGGAUGAUUAUGACGAUAAGCCGCCGCCACGCUACUGUGAACCCGAGGGCCAGUGCGUCUGUGAUGAGGGGUACACGCCAGGGACUGCUGCUGGCACGUGCGUCCCUCACGGCGCCUCAAAACCUGCUGCUGCUGCUGCUGCUGCUGCUGCUGCUGCUGCUGCUGCUCAUGCUUCCACUGGCGGUGCUGCUGCUACUGGCCUUCACAGUGUCGCAGUUGCUGAGGCGCCUCAAGAAUCGACCCCCCACACGCUACUUCUUUUCAAAGAGAGCCCUUGCUGCCCGGCAAGCUGCCAUGGGUGUGGAGAUCACUUGCUAGUGCCCACGUGA